CUAGUCUGGUUUGGUGGUCCGGUGCCAGCUCACCACUCCCGCCGCCCCCAACUCGUCUUCAUCAGCAACGCAAGCUCCGCCACCAUCACGGGUGACGAAUCCUCUCCCCACCGUGCCGUAUACCGAGCCCACUCCCCCCCGCGAGUAGUCGCCUUCACCGAACUCCGGGAAUUCGCAACCGACUAUUUUUUUCUCAUCCUUCUAGUUUCCUUCUCUACCGUCCGUGUUGCGCCAUCAAUGACUUCAUAGCACGACGCCAUUCUCUUAUAUCUACAUCCUUCGGCACCCUUGUCUUGGCGGCCGGUCGACACUCGAAGCUCGGAUACCGAUCUAAUUCAAAGUCGUAUAACUUGCCAUACACACACAAUCACACAGACUCAAGAUGAAGUCAACAACAUUAAUAGCCCUCGCGGCUUCACUACUACCCACGGAAGGACUUGUGCUCAGGAAGAGCGAGAGCAGCGCACCAAGAGUGGUUGGGUUGGAUCUGCACCGCGCGACGAUACCGUACACACGCAACAAGAGGGAUAUGUUGAGGAAGAGAGGUUCAGUGCAAGCGACUUUGGACAACUUGGAAACUUUGUAUUUUGUCAACGGCUCUCUCGGAACACCGGCACAGCCUAUGCGGCUUCACCUCGACACCGGAAGUAGUGAUCUCUGGGUCAACACAGCAAGUUCGGCUCUCUGCAAGGGUCAAGGCACGCCAUGCUCCGUGUCCGGUACCUACUCGGCCAACGAUUCGUCAACCUACAACUACGUCGGAAGCUGGUUCAACAUUAGUUAUGUCGACGGCUCGGGAGCGACUGGAGAUUACGUGACGGAUAAGUUCACCAUUGGCGGAUCUACUUUGACCGACUUCCAGUUCGGUGUCGGCUACACGAGUUCAUCGGCGCAAGGCAUCCUAGGAGUCGGAUACAAGGUCAACGAAGUGCAGGUUGGGCGUGCCGGUUUGGCUUCCUACGACAACCUGCCCGCCAAGAUGGUCUCUCAGGGCCUCAUCCAAUCCAGCGCCUUCAGCUUAUGGUUGAACGACCUGGACGCGAGCCAGGGAAACAUUCUUUUCGGCGGAGUCGACACGGAGCGUUUCGAAGGCGAGCUCAAGACCGUACCCAUCCAGAAGGAGUCUGGCAGCUACGCCGAGUUCCUCAUCACCCUGACAAAGGUAACACUCGGCUCAAAGACGUUGGACGAAAACAUGGCCCUGGCCGUCCUUCUCGACUCGGGCUCCAGUCUCACGUACCUCCCCGACGACAUGACCACGACAAUCUACUCCAUGGUGGGCGCCGUCUACCAGCAAGAAGAGGGCGUCGCCUUCAUCCCCUGCUCCACGGCCAACUCGGGCUCCAACAUGACUUUCACCUUCUCGGGCCAGCCCAUCACGGUACCCAUCGACGAGCUGGUGCUCGACCUCGUCGCCAUCACCGGCAAGCGCACGUCAUUCUCCAACGGCGUCGAGGCCUGCCUCUUUGGCAUCGCGCCCGCCGGUGAUGGCACAAACGUCCUGGGCGACACGUUCCUGCGCUCGGCGUACGUGGUCUACGACAUUGACAACAACGAGGUCUCGUUGGCGCAGACCAAGUUCAACGCCACGAGCACGAAUGUUCUUGAGAUUGGCAAGGGCAGUAGCGCCGUGCCAUCUGCCGUCGCCGUCGCGAGUCCCGUGUCCGCCACGGACGGUAUCGUCCGCGGAGGGAAGAACGCCGCGCCGUCGUUGGCGCCAUUGGCGGCGUCCAUCUUUGCGGGAUCUGUUGCCUUUGCGACUGGGUUCUCGCUCUACCUUUUCUAAACAACCAAAAACCAACAAACACACCGCAUUCUGUUGGAAUGGGUUUAGGGGAGCUUAAUGUUUCAAACGGUCGAUUUCUUUUUGGCAUCUUCAUAGCAUUGCAUUGCGAGGGCGUUUUUGGGUUCCUCAUGUUUUACACAAGAUUUUCAAGAAUUAUGGCUGAUGUAUCUGCAUCGAGCAAGGCGUUAUUUUGGGUGUGCAUUCACAAGACAGCACUCAUUCCUCUUUGGAGGAGGUUGAAGG